AUGCUGCUGGCUUGUCUGUCGCACACGACAUCAACAACAACACACAAACUUCUACCUCCUCCACCCAAGCCAAAACUCACCUGCUACCCCAAUCCAUACCUCAACACCUCAUAUUACAACUCAACAACCGCAACCAUGGGCGCCGUUGUAUCUUGCAUCCAAUCCAUCUUCCGAACCAUCGGCAACGCCAUCAUGGCCAUCGUCUCGGCCAUCGGCGCAGCCUGCACCGCUGUUAUCAACGCCAUCGUUUCCCUCUUUGGCAUCAUCAUCAGCUGCCUCACCUGCGGCAAGGGUGGAGGUCGCCGCCGCAAGACCCAUCACACUAGUAGGGUCUAGUAGGCACCCGUCUUACUCUUCUUCUUCGCUGAGCUUGAUGCUUUGCCUGGAGAAUGGGACGGGGUGCAGGUCAGGGAGAGCGCGCGGCCGACAUUUAUUAUCAUUCGACUGAGACGACCUUUUUCGACGAUAGCCGAUGUGGAGCGAGGCUUGUACGACCAAUAUUACUUGGACGGGAUAUGAGCAUAUCUUCUCCUAGGACAGGACGUUUUCUUCUCUUUUGUUUUUCGCC